AUGUACGACUCAUACCGUCCCCACCUCCUCCUAGCCCAGGUCCCUCUAACCGUUUCGCCCUUCAUCAAUCUCCCCGCCUCAGUCACCCUACCCUAUACCUACAAAUCAGUUCCCUCAACUCUCCCACAAUCAGUACUGGUCGAUCCAAGCAACCCAGACUCCAAAGCCCGAUAUGUGUUCUCCUCCAGCGGUGAACAUGCAGCCCACCCAGACGAGAUCCUCGCUUCCUGCCAGUCUCUCGAACAACACUUGAAGAAGACCCGAUCUGAGGCGGAGACUGCAAUCAAAGUUUGGGAGGAAGCCAUUCGACAGCGGGAACUCGCUGAAAAGCGCCGGGUUGCACCGGGUUGGCUAGAUCGAGACGAGAAAUUGCUGCAGCCGAGCAGAGCUGGAGGGUCUGCUGCGUCCACGGCCGAUCAGGGUGGGAGCCUGUUGGAUAGCAUUUCCGCUGAUCAAGGGUCCUCGACUCUGCCCGCUAUGGUGCCUCGAGACGAAGGCGAGGAAUUGGAUCGAGCAUUUGGUGGACUGGGCGUGAAAUGA